UUGUUUUGGCUCCACUUAUAGCUCACAAUAGCAUCUAUUUUUGUCAGCAUACUGGGGGUUAUCUCCCCUCUUAUCCAGUGCCCAACCCCUGUCUCUCUCCUCGUUCCCCUUUUUAUCUAGCUCUUUCACAGGCUUCAGACAGUCAUGGCUGAUCGAAGUCGGAUUGGUGCUAAAAAGAAGGAGAAGAGCGAUGAGAAGGCACUGGAUAAGGAAAAAACUAAGGAGAAGAAUGCCAAAAAGCCAGACAAAGUUGUGAAGAAGUCAGAGAAAUUACCAGAGAAGACACCAGAACAGAGCAAGGCUGGUGAGGAGAGCAGGACUACAGAAACUGAAGGGGCAACAGGGAUUACCAAUGAAGAGAACGGGGAGUUUCAGCCGAUCGAACUUCCACCAUUUGAGAUUGUGAAAGGAGAACAGAUGAGCCCCUUCUAUUUCAAGUUUCAGUUCAGAAAUGUAGAGUAUUCAUCUGGGAGGAACAAGACCCUUCUGUGCUACCGGGUGGACACAGCAGGUGGCAGCACAGAGCCGCUGAAAGGUUAUAUGGAGGAUGAACAUACCACAGCACACGCAGAGGAGGCUUUCUUUCAGCAGGUACUGCCGGAUUCAUCCCAGGAAUAUGAUGUGACAUGGUACGUGUCGUGCAGUCCCUGUGCAGACUGUGCUGCUAAACUGACCGCUAUUCUUCGUCAGCGUAAAAAGUUGAAGCUGUGUGUGUUCUGCUCGCGCCUGUUUGAGUGGGAGCAGCCGGAGAUUGUGGAGGGGCUGAAGGCUCUGGCGAGUGCUGGCUGUAAACUGAGGAUGAUGAAGCCCAGCGACUUUGUGCACGUUUGGGAGACGUACGUGGAAAAGGAGGAGCAGAGCUUCAGCCCCUGGGAGGACUGUCAGGACAACUAUAACUAUUAUGUGGAGAAACUGGCAGAUAUUCUGAAAUAGACAUGUACCUGUCAGACAGAACCGGGAGGAUACAACAAUAGUUCAUACAUUUUUAUUUUUGUAUAAUUUCAUAGCAACUACAUAUGAUAUUAAAUACAAUUUACACAAUUUGAA